UUUAGGGUGUUCAUGCGACUCUCAUAAACAUCUGACCCCUCACUCACUCGGUUCCUCCUCUACCGCUACCUUUCUAAUUUUCCCUUCUCUGCAUGUAUGCUCAAGAUCUGGGAACAUAUACCAGAGUGAACUAAAGUUUGUUUGUGGUCGCUGUGAAUAUUCUCCGCCAUGAAGUGGAGGGUGGUGCUAUUUGCUUUUCUCGUUUCUCUUUUGAUCAUUCAGUUUGGCAUGUGCCAAAAGGUUGAACCUGACCCGAAGACCAAAGCUGAGAAGAGACCAAAUGUAAAGUCCAAGACUGUGAAGGGGACAGGAAAGGCAACCUCUUCCAAACCUAAAGUGAAAACCACCCCUGUGACCCCUAAAGAAGCCCAGACGUACCUCACCCAGGUGGUAAACAAGGGAAGGUUUCAGAAAGUGGGCGACACGUUGACUGUCCAGGCAGGUGAUGCGUUAGAACUGAGGUGUAAAGGAAAUCCUGUCCAAUGGGCUGUUCCUGCAUAUCUGGAAGAGGACGAUGAAGGGCGACUCAGGACAGUUCAACAUGAACGUUAUGGCACACUGAUUUUGGCAAAUGCAACAGCAGCAGAUACAGGGGAGUACACCUGCUAUCCCAUGCACUGUGAGGAGAAAGACUGCAGAAAACAAUAUGACAAAGGCGUCAAAGUCUUCAUCUUUUUCUCUGACCCUCAGGAGUUGUUUGUACCUUCCUCUGAUUAUUACGAGGUCAUUCAGCUUCGCACUAACUGGCCCACCGUCCUGCCCUGUCAGGUGACUUCUCCGCUAGCAAAGGUGAAUUUACACCGGGAAUUUCCUCCAAUGGAGGUGAAUGUGGAUGGACGAGAGAUCUCCUUUGACGUUAAGAAGGGCUUCACCAUUCACAGGCCGAAACAGUAUCAUGCUGGUUCUCUCUACUGUGUGGCAAGCCUGGGGAACCUUCGCCAGAGCUCAACCAAGUACAUGCUCAUCUAUGUCAACUAUCCAGCCGCCCCUCCGUCUCCUGCGAUCCAGACCUCCUCUGACACUGUGGCAGUGGGACAGAAUCUCCAGGUGACAUGCACUGUGGUGGGAGAGCAGGACGUGGUGGUGGAUUUAACCUGGGAAUAUCCUGGACAAAAGAUUGGGCGCCCGAUGUACACCCAGGACAGUGUGCAGACAGUGCAGGUGGACGGGCAGAACCGACAGCGAACUCAGUCGGUACUGCUGGUGGAUGAAGUCAGAGAGGUUGACCAAGGAACAUACACCUGCACAGCUCAGAACCUACAGGGUUCACGCUCUGCAUCUACCUCUGUCAAAGUGCAGUCAGCACGAGCCAACACCAAGCCUAAAAGAAACCACGAAGCCCGUCAGAGAAGUCCCACAGAAACCUGAAAACCUGGAUAUUCUUUCUUAGUCAUAACAUGCACUACUAAACGGCUGUAAAUGAACAAGAAUGAUCCUCACAGAA